AUGGAAAUUAUGCAAGAACGUCAUUUAAUGUUUAGUUUAUUUUAUUAUAUCACAUGGAUUUCGAUUUUACGUGGAACGCAGGUGGGAGCCCACCUCAAAGAUGUCCUGAAUCCUGUAAACACAGAAUUCGAUGUGUGGCACCAACGCGACGCAAGGGUCGCGAUCCGCUCCAAUGAACACCUUGCCUGUGAGAGGCCUAAUAUUUAUAUUUGUGAGGAGCCACCAGAAACGGUCCCACCAGAUGCAAGGAAGACCUGCAACUACCGCAAUGUGCGUUACCAUGAGCAGGUGUUCCGAUGGGUGGCUGGCCGAGGAUGCCUGUUAUAUACUCCAGAUUUUCUCUACGUUGGAGGAGUCAACAAUUUUAACCUGAAUGCCGGGUGCUUCUAUGGAAACUGGUUCGCACCAUGCUUGGAAAUUGCUAAAGAAGAUGGUUCAUGUGGCUGCUAUCCCUUCGACCCUGGUCUGGAGGAGGUGGCCGCAGCAGUCCACGACGCAUUAAUCCCAUCAGCACAAGGGAGAUGGGAACGAUGCUUUUACGCAGCAACUGACUGCUGCAGCCAUUAUAUGCCCGAGAAUCUUAAUACUACUACAAAUUGCAAUAAAUGUGAGCCAACGUUUGACGGCUGGACCUGCUGGCCAGAAGCUGAUAUAGGGACUGUGGCUACAGAAGUGUGUUCGGAGUUUGCUUACUCCAAUAGUGGACCUUCUUGUCAUCACUACAGCAGCAAGCAAUGCCACAGAAAUGGGUCCUGGGAACUUCAGACAGACUACAGUACUUGCAGCAUCACCCCUCGCCUCGUCCGUCGAUACCAGUACUACAUCAUCGUCCUUUCUAUCUCCAUCGCCGCCUGCCUCCCAGCAGUCUUCAUAUUCUGCUUCUAUAAGAGACUUAGAAUACCUCGAGUGGUGUUACACAGAAAUCUUCUUAUUGCUAUCGUAAUAAGGAAUGCACUGGUUAUUGUCAGCAGAAGUGAGAUCUACAUAGACGAGCUAACAAGUUCAGGAGAGACGGUGAUGUCGACGCACGGUGUUGCCUGCCGUAUCCUAGCAUUUGCCGAAAGAGUAGCAGGCAACGCAGUGUUUGUGUGCAUGCUUGUUGAAGGGAUCUACUUGCACCGCUCCAUCGUCGCAGUGUUUAAACAGAAGCUGAAGAUCAAAUGGCUGUAUGGUGCUGGAGCUGUGAUAGCCCUAACUCCAGCAAUAUCAUGGGCGGCAGUAAUGGCAGUCCACAACGACCACUCGUGCUGGCUAGUAUACACUGUACCACACAUACAAUGGAUCCUCGACGUGCCUCGUAUCGCCAUUCUACUGAUCAACACCAUACUCUUCAUUGAUAUCUUGAGGGUACUGCUGACGAAGAUCAGAAACUCCGAGAAUGCUAACCAAUUGAGCACAGCAAAAGCGACCUUAUUCCUGAUGCCAUUGUUCGGCACGCAGUUCUUACUGACUGCCUUCAGACCUAGCACUUCCAAUUGCAUCGAGGAACAAAUCUAUUACUACGUGUCUUAUACUCUUGAGGGGCUGCAGGGCUUAAUCGUCGCUAUGAUUUACUGCUACAUUAAUACUGAGGUCCGUGGAUUAAUUAAGGCGACAUACAGAAAGACUGAAAGUGCUGUCGUUUCCCGAAUACGAAGAGAUUCCUCCUUCCCUCGUAUGAGUCAAAGUUCCGACAGGAGGAUUACCUGCAGUACUGGCCUACCGUCUAACGCAGCAGAAGAAUCGAAAGACCAAUACGCGACCAUAAGGCCCAAGUUACACGUCGCUGAAAUCAUAUCGAUACAAGCCAGUGAACGGCUCGCUGAGAUCUUAGAACCAGUGUACGAAACUAUACAAAAUGGAGUCACCAACGAAGGGUACGAUUCACUAGACAGAUCAGACCUGGACAACGACUCGGGCUUCAUAGCCAACAGAGAUUUCAAAGUAGAAGAUUAUUACGGUUUCACGAACGCAUCGAGCGUUUCUAUCGAUUGCCAAGACUGGAUCCGCUGCGUCUCAUCACCUUCCAGUAGCGUUUACAACAACUCCUUAAACGAUUAUGAAACAAAAUAUUUGGAAAAGAAAUUCCCAAAUCAUUCCAAACUUCGAGGCAUUUGUGAAGUUCGCGAAAAGAAUUCGGACCAAAUAAUUGCGAAUUGGAAUUGUAUGGAGUAUGCGGCUGCGCAAUCGCAGCCAUCUAGCGAAGAUGUUAAGAAAGAGAUCGGCCGUGAGAGAGAGCCCGUCGCCAGCGCCGGCGUCGCGAAGCCGGUCGACGACGGCGACUACGACGACUGCGAGAACAUGUUCGAGGAGAUCAUGCAAUACAUAGAAACCACCGACAAUCACAAUACUAACACUAAUACUAAAGUCACAUUAGACCCCAAUUGUCUUGCACCAAACCGUCGCGACGGAGAUAGAAUUGUAUUUCUAGAUGAAUAA